GUGCCCAUACCUGCCCGGCUCCCGGGAAAUUCCCACUGACAAAAGUUUCCCUCGCCCUCCUAUCUUUCUUUAACCCCACGACACUCGAUGACAGCCACGUCUAAGAGUCACUCUAGAUCAGACCGUCACACCGAUCGUUGUCAUCAUCUCCAGCUAGCGGGACGGACACAGAAGCUCGUUUCAAAUAUUGCAGGGUUACUGCAGAGUGCAUACUUUGCAUGUACAAUCCUUUGCUGUUAUUUUGUUAAUGCAUUUUUUUGUACGGCGUUUGGGCGCAAUGUUCUAAGUCGGAAGAAGAAGAAGAGACUUUGGAUUGUUUUGUACGAUCCACAUAAAAACCAUGCAGGAGGAGCAGCGGCGGCUCGCCAUGGCCAUCCCACCCGGGGCGGCGAGCCCCCGAGGAGCCGACAGGCAGCAGCAGCAGCAGCAAGCGCCACCGUCUCAACCCAUACCCAUCCCCAUCUCAAUCCCCGCGUCCAUCAACAACAACAACAGCGGCGGCGACAACAACAACAGCUUCAGCACCAACAGCAGCGGCAACAACAACGGCGGCGGUGGCGGCGGCGGGGUCGGGGUCCUUCUGCCGCCGCCGUCUCCCGGCGCGGCCACUUUGGCCGCCCGCUCGCCGCUCUUCCCCUUCCUCCGUCCCGUGCUCAGUCCCCGCAGGCCCCCUUACUCGCAAUGGACACCGCCGUCCAGCCCGGCCCAGUGGCUCAUCGGCUCCCCGCCGUCGAGCCCCGGCGGGUACUUGCUCUCAUCCUCGCCCUAUUCCUACUCCUCCUUCCCGUCGUCGUCCUCAUACUCGUCCACUUCGUCGUCUUCGUCGUCGCCGCUGAGGUGCGCCGUGGAGGUGUUCUCCUUCGACAGGUCGUGUGAGGGAGCGGGGGGGGCAGUGGCCGGCUUCGUCGGGGUCGGGGUGGCUGUGGCCGGGCCCGGCGGCAGCGGCGGCGGCAGCGGCGGCAGCCCCCCGCGACCCCGCGGCUGUGAUAAGUGCACGCAGACCGGGGGGGAGCUGCAGCCCGCAGCAGCAGCAGCAGAGAGACGGAGGCAACCGCAGCACUCGGCUACAGCACCCGGCAGCUUAAGGCAAGCGCUGCAUUCUGAUUCCGACUGGGAGCCGGCCGAGGCAAGCCUUGGCGGAGAGGCCAUCCCCGACGUCAUCCCCCCACGCGAGCGGUCCCUGUCCGAGUCGGCUAUCAACCCACGCAUGGAGCGCGUCGGCCAGGAGCUACGGCGCAUCGGCGACGAAUUCAACGUCUUUGUGGACGGGCAACAGCUGCAGAGGCGAAACUUUGGCAGGCAGAAUGGCCGACUCCUUCACGAUGAAGCCGUGUGGUUACUCAGAUUUGGACUCUACAUCAUCAACCGCAGGAAUCUAUGACUGAAUGUGAACAGAACUCUCGCAUGGUCCUCCCGUGGACAAGAGACCAUAUGGGCCGAGUAUCCAAGCACUGGGCAACAUAUUAUUAAUUGGUUGACAAUAAAGUGUUCUGGCCAAACUGUGUGGAGCCUAGGAUACCAGCUCUGUCUGGUAUCUUAUGGUAGACUUUAUUGACAGUUGCUGGAAGCAUAGCUUGAGCAUGUUUAACAUGAGACCAAAAUUCUUGGACCAAAGUACAUUUGUAGCUUGACAAAUACUUUAGACAUUCUUCUUAAAUCAAGAAUGAUUUUUUUUCUCUCCAAAAUAUGCGAAUAUUACCACACUUAAGCAUUCCUAUUUGAUAAUGGAGGAAUUAUUCAUUAUGCCUUAGGAUUGUCAUCAGAUACACUUUCCCAAAGUGUGAUUCUAGGAGAGCACAGACCAAUGUAUAGAAUCCCAUUCCCUCCCGGUUAUUGAUGGAGAAGUCUGAUGGUGCAAAAAAUGAACUGCAAAAGCCCAAAGAGCUGCGGAGAAAAUUCACAAGAAGCGACGCGGCUGGACUUUCUAGCAAGACUGGAAUGGAAAACUUGAAACUACUGCAGCCGUUGCUGCCUGCCAAUAUGUGCUUUAUCUGUGACAACCACAGCCUAGCUCAUAGGCCAAGUUCAGGAGGUUAAUGGUCACACUUUCCAAGCAUAGGAAAACCGGAGUGUACAUCAGUGCACAUUAAACAACAUCGGUGAAUGCAACAUGUGGAUAACACAAUAUACCAUUUACAACAACAACAACAACAAAAACGUGAAACAUUCAAUGUCGAACUAAUCAUUGCAGUGAGGCUGGUCCUUUAAAAAUGUUAAGUAUAUGUACAGAUAAGACCUGAACAGAGCCAUUAGUUUCAAGAAAGGAAUGAAAUUACCUUAUCUUUAUAUUCAGAUUUACAAACCACUGAAGGCUGGUGUGCAUGCACUAUCGAGGUUUCUGAAGAGCCUAAGCACUUGAACGGAACUGAAAUCCGUGUGACAAGUUUGUGUUCUGAUCUCUGGUUAUUUCUGCUUUACUGAACAAAGGCCACGAGAUAGAGAGAAAACGUCCAUUAAAGUGCAUUCCUUUGCUGUAACCAUCACUGAUCCACAGCAUUGUUAGCAUUGUGCCUGUUGACCUGUGGUAUUUUUGAUUUUUUUUAAUACCUUACCUCUAGGCUAAACCACGCAAAGCUUUAAACAAAUAUGUUUUUGGAAUUUAAGAAUGUCUUGAAUUAUCACUAGGUAAAAAGGCAAAAUAGCCAAUGGCAGGCAAUGCAAAGCAAUGGAAGGUUGCUCCACGUUUUUUUUCUUUAUUGGCCUGGUAAUAUUUGUGUGUGUUUUUAAUUUGAUAAAAACAAUGCUUGUUUUGCAUAAUUAGUCUUGCAAUGUAACAAUUAUGUUAAUUGUGUAAAAUCAAGGAUUGGAUGAUUUUGCAGAAUUGUGUUCUUGUCAGUUUGACUCAGGCAUACAAAUCAUUGUUAAGAGUGCUCUAAAUUCUGUGGUAGAUGUUGGCGUCAACCUCACAUUUAUCAAUAAUGAUAGCAACGUGCAAGCGUGUCCCAUGUGUGUGUGUGCACUCAGGAGCGAAAUUAGAAGAAAAAACAUACCACUGUCACAUUCCCGGCUAACUUUUACGACUGCCUUAAAUAUCAUUCCUUAGAACACUUGAAGCCAUAUUGACCAGAACCAGGCAUCGGUGCACUGUAAAUAUAGUUUAGCUUCUCCCAUUAUAUUUAUUUUGUACGUUUUCUCUUAUUUUGUUUGCUUUCUCUCAACCCUGAGCCAACAUUGAGGCUUGUUUUUGUGCAAUUUUCAGUUUUCUUCCCGUUUUGCUUUUUUUUGCUGAUAUGGCAGAAGGCAUAAAUUGUAGAUAUGAAAAAAAAUUUGUUUGCUUUUGUUUGUGUAUUUUGUCCAUUUAAUUAUAAAUUUCAAACAUUUUUUUAUUAUGUGUGUGUGAGUUUAUAAACAAACAGAUAAUUGACUGAAGAAAAAAUGCUGUCAUUCUGCAGACCAUUUGUAAUUUUUGCACUCCUUGCUCUAAGAUGCAUGUUAAGGGAAUUACAACCGCACAGUAAUCGACCCAGUCUAACUUUUUUUUCCUUUGCUUUUACUGGAAUUUAGUAAGCUCAGAAAGUUCAAGUAAAGUGCAGCAUUGUAUAUUGCGCAAGUUGUACAUACAGCCUCAACAUUGAUUCCAUCCACUCACUAUAAUCCACCCCACAGCCACUGAGUUUACAAAGUGCACACAGCUGCAUUGGUUGGUUGUGAUCCAUCAUCUGUGCAGAUAGGGCUGGAAAACAAAUUGAUCUGCAUUUGGCAGAGUGCAUGAACUGUGAAAGCCUAUAUGCCACCUGACUGUAUAUAGGCAAAUAGGAUGUUUCCAUAACAGCUGCAGUCUAUUUUUCUUCCUAUAGGCUUAACAUUUGCAUUUACUCACGAAAACCAUGAUUUAGCCUUGCCACGUGAAGCCUGGUAUUGUGCUAACGGACACGCACGGUGACGGCGAGGGUCUUAACUGGCAUUUCUGCAUGUGCUCAUUUCUUUUACACAGCAGAACGCCAACGUUUUGGAACAGUACCCAAAGUUUUUAACAUGCCUGUGAAUAAAUGCUUAUUUAGUGUGAUGAAAUUACUUACUUGUGCUUACAAAACGCCCAAAUAACGUAAAAAAUGAAAUUGUGUAAAAAACACUUUUUGGAUGUGGCAAAUGUGCUGUACAUUUUCAGUCCAUCAAUCUGUUGCGGGAUUGAGGGUCUUUCCCAAGCUGUGUCGGUCAUGAUGGUUGUGAGACCAUACUUCACCUCGCUGGUCAGUGCAGGUUGGUGAAGGGGUGCAGGACAGACUGGUUCAUACAUCACUUGUCGCUGGCCGAGAAUCACUCAGGUCACUGGGUGCAUAGCACAAUGUGCUAUCGUACCACCCCUAUAUACAUUCAGUCAACCAACAGGGUUUACCCUCGAUAAACUAUUUUAUUUAGCAGUUAAAGCUCACCGAGCUACUAGCUCUUUUGCAGAGGUAACCUGACUACACAUAGUUCUUCGAAGUGGCAAAUAUAAUGUAUAGUUGUAGACAAAUAAUCCAAACGUAUGUUUCGAAAUGUUCAGGGCAAAACUGUAGGACUCGGAGAAAAUUCCAUAUGACCACGGGGACAAUGUGCAGGCAUCAGGGUCAGGAUCAAACCAUCGGCCUUCUGCAUAGCAGGCGAAGGGAGAUAACAUCUCGCUACAAUGUGCAAAAAAAUUCCGAAUAUGAUUAAUAUACUUUUUUCUUCAAUAACAUAAACACGAAAUUAAACAUUUACCAAAUUACUUUGCGUACUGCUCAAAAGAGGCGGUUGUUCACCCCUGUCAGUGGCCGACUGCUGUUUAAGAGCGAUUAGCCAUGCAUUCAAUAGAAACAUAGCAAGGUGCAUCCACUAAUGGGCUUAAAGGCACACAACAGGUGUUGUUGAACAUAUGGAAUACAUCUGUGAGCCAGCAAAGGUCACAGACCUGCACCAACCGACUGUACAAACUCCCUGUACAUAUUGUUUAUAUGUUCAGCUGCACUACAAGAUCAAUUUACGUUUUUUCAAUUGUUUGAAAUGAAAAAAAAUUAAGAAUCCAGCAAAAUGUAGCAACAUGACUGUUUAAAACAGCUUGGUGUCUUCCUGCACUAUUUAAAUGUAGAGGCGUCUGUGUAGGUGCAAUAUGGCUGUACAUUGAUGCUUGAGUAGGCUGUUCUAAUACGUUUAGUCGUUUUUGUCGUUCCUGACAUUUAUUCUCGGUUUCUUUUGUAUUUUUGUCAAUAUAAAAUAAAUCUCAGAUUUUUUUGUUCCUGGGAAA